CCAACGGCUUCGCUCCCAUCGCUCCAACAAGCCGGGGAGGAGGCAAAGGUAAGGAGGUCUGCAAUUAUGGAGCAAUUUUGAAGGGGGGAAGAAAAGGUAACUCAAACCUCUCCCGGUCAGAGAAAACUGAACCGAGUCAUCUACAUGACCGACGAAAUAAGCUCGACGACAAGAAAGGCAAGAAGAGUACCAGUCAUGCAGUUUAAAUACAGACGAAUCUAAGAGUCGUCGUAACCGUCUUCAAGGUUAAGACCGCUUGAAGUCACCUCAACAUCCCUCCUUAAUAAACACAUCAGCCGGCGUUCGUUGACCGCCACCCCCUCAACCGGUGUGACCAUGUCUGUGGACGAGCAGCGCUACACCGACGCGAUGCUGUUGCUGGAGGCCGGGCCGGAGUGGCUGCGGGCGGAGGUCGAGCGUCUUUCGCGGGAGCUGAGUGAGACCACCAACGAGAAGAUCCAGGCGGCGGAGUACGGACUGGCGGUGCUGGAUGAGAAACAGCAGCUCAAACAGCAAUACGAUGACCUGGAGCUGGAGUACGAGACCGUGCGCCAGGAGCUCGACCAGCUCAAGGAGGCCUUUGGGCAAGCCCAUUCCAAUCACAGAAAGGUGGCAGCGGACGGGGAGAGCCGCGAGGAGUCUCUGAUCCAGGAGUCAGCCUGCAAGGAGGCCUACUAUGAGCAGAGGGUCCUGGAACUGCAGACCGAGCUCCGUCUGACACGCAACGUCCUCGCCAACACCCAGUCUGAGAAUGAACGUCUGGCCACCAUCGCCCAAGAGAUGAGAGAGAAUAGCCAGAUGGUGGAGCUCCAGAGGAGUCGGCUGCACGAUGACAUCAAGGAGUAUAAGUUCAGGGAGGCCCGUCUGCUCCAGGACUACACCGAGCUGGAAGAGGAGAACAUCUCGCUGCAGAAGCAGGUCUCCAUGCUCAAACAGAGCCAGGUGGAGUUUGAGGGCCUGAAGCACGAGAUCCGUCGUUUGGAGGAGGACACCCAGUUCCUUAACAGCCAGCUGGAGGAUGCCAUCCGUCUGAAGGAGAUAUCUGAGCGUCAGCUAGGAGAGGCCCUGGAGACCAUCAAGACCGAGCGUGAGCUGAAAGCUUCCCUGAGGAAGGAACUGUCCCAUUACAUGGGCAUAGGAGACUCUUUGUACCACAGCGCACUUAACAUCUCUCUGGACUAUCUCAAGUUUUGUGAUGACGCCACCACUGAACCCAACAACGACGAAGCUCUUCACGGAUACGAGAAUGGCUUCAGCAAGCUGGCCAGCACCAUCACCGAAGACAACCGCGACUCCUCGCCCAAGAAGAAUGAGCUGUUCCGUCCCGCCCCAAGCCUGGUGGAUGACCUGCUAAGCGAACUGAACAUCUCUGAGAUCCAGAAGCUCAAACAGCAACUGGUGCAGAUGGAGCGUGAGAAGGUCAACCUACUGUCCAACCUGCAGGACUCUCAGAAGCAGCUUGAGCAAGCCAACGGGGCUCUGUCAGAGCACCAGGAGAAGGUCAACCGCCUCACAGAGAACCUUAACGCCAUCCGUAAGCUCCAGGCCAGCAAGGAGCGCCAGUCAGCCCUAGACAAUGAGAAAGAACGCGACAGCCACGAAGAUGGAGACUACUACGAGGUGGACAUCAAUGGCCCUGAGAUCCUGGAAUGCAAGUACAAGGUUGCCGUGUCUGAGGCAGGUGAGCUGAAGGAAGAGCUGAAGACUCUUAAGGCGGAGUACCAGGCCUGUAAGUCACGUUAUGAGGAGGAGCGCACGCAUCUGGAGAAUGAUGUCACAACCUUGGGGGAGAAGUUGGGUGUCCUGGAGUCAACCUUUCGUACAGAGAAAGAAGAGAAAUCUCGGUUGGAGAAGGAGCUGCGCAAGGUGAGUGAUGUGGCAGGUGAAUCCCAGGGCAGUCUCAGUGUGGCCCAGGAUGAGCUGGUCACCUUCAGUGAAGAGCUGGCUACCCUGUACAACCACGUCUGCAUGUGCAACAACGAAACACCCAACCGCGUCAUGCUUGACUUCUACAAGGAGGGCAAAGGGGGUCGUAGCAGUCCAGAGGGCCGUGGCCGCCGAUCUCCCAUCCUGCUCACCAAGGGCCUGUUCCCAGAGCCUGGCAAGGGCGACUUAAGUGACGGAGCCCCAUCCCCCAUCUCCUCCCUGCCUUCUCCUGUGUCUGACUCCCGCCGUGAGCCAAUGAAUAUCUACAACCUUGUGGCCAUUAUCAGAGACCAGAUCAAGCACCUCCAGCUGGCGGUGGACCGCACCACGGAGCUGUCACGCCAGAGGGUGGCUUCCCUCGAGCUUGGCACCGUGGCUGACAAGGACAAGGAGGCCUGCAUGGAGGAGAUCCUCAAAUUGAAAUCCCUGCUCAGCACCAAGAGAGAACAAAUCGCUACUCUGAGGACCGUACUCAAGGCCAACAAGCAGACUGCUGAAGUGGCACUGGCCAACCUAAAGAGUAAGUAUGAGAACGAAAAGGCCAUGGUGACAGAGACCAUGAUGAAGCUGAGGAACGAGCUCAAAGCCCUCAAGGAAGACGCUGCCACCUUCUCCUCUCUCCGGGCCAUGUUCGCCACACGCUGUGAUGAGUAUGUCUCCCAGCUGGAUGAGAUGCAGAGGCAGCUGGCUGCUGCAGAGGAUGAGAAGAAGACCCUAAACUCUCUGCUGCGAAUGGCCAUCCAGCAGAAGCUGGCCCUGACACAGCGCCUGGAGGAUCUGGAGUUUGACCAUGAGCAGACACGCCGCGGAGGCAGCACUGGCCGAGCUAAGGGCCGCGGAAAGGCUGCCGCCAGCAGCGCAAACAACCCCCACGUAAGUCCGAGUCUCACCUGCUCCGGCUCCGGCCGUCCAGAGCACAACAACGCCAUGCCCAACGGCAUUCUGGGUGGCCCCAUGGUCUUCUGCAGCGAGAAGUACAAGAUCUACUGCGACUGAAGCGGCCGCCUAGUCCGCACGGGACUGCUGUGUACAGAUGGGGAGGGGGCCCACCGGCUGAGCCUCCCCUGCCUUAGUGUUAAAGAGCCCCACUUGCUCGCUUAGCUCCCCGGCCAGCCUGCGCUCCUGUAGGGCCCGCUGUGUGUUUAACCUCUAUAUGCUCACGGUUGUUCACGCCUGCUAGUGUAAACGCUUAGGGGAAUGCAGAUGUAUGUACAGUGUGCACUAGACAUCUGGGACUGCAGUAGACAUGUAUGGCAUGUGGAUUACAGGGCCCCAAUCCUGUUGGGGUUUUCGUGGAUAUUAUGGAGUGUCUAUUCUUUCAGCUGUCAUGGUGCCGUACGUACGAUGUGAAGGGUGGUAGCUUUUGUGCUUGUUUGUUCUGGCCCCCCUGAGUGUAUUGCCUGGUAACCGUAACAAGUUUGGGGGUGAGGACAUACAAAGGGGACGUCAUUUUGAUGGUCGUGUCACUAAAUUUGACGUCCUCACUUCUUAGGCUCGUCUGUUGGCGUUGGUGCUCCUUUGAAAGAGUCCCUGUCGUCCUUCUUUCUCUCUCUCUCUUGUCCUGGCCCCCCCAGGACGCAACUCUGCCCAGCAACCCACUGUCCAAUCAGGUCACUGUUUAAUGUUUACAUGAAGAAAAAGAAACAAAAAUAUGCAAUUUCCUGCUGCUGUUGCCAGGGUAGUGUGAUUUGACGUAGUCUUAAGAGAAAUUCAACACUCAUUUGGUGGGUUGACUGAUGAUUUUGUAUAUGAGAUGGGUAGAAAAGGAGCACCUGUGACCACAGACGUUUAUUUUCAGGAUCAUUUAUAACGUUGUGACGCUCGCACACCAACGUUGGUAGGGUCAAUAUUUUUGCAUGGCGUUGCGGCAGAAAUGCUAAUGACCUUCUUAACAUUAUAGUAUGUGUUGCCAGGUGUGUGGUACAACACAAUUUCAUGUGCUACAGGGCUCUACAUUGUAAAGAGAGGAGUUAUUUGGUCUCUGUCUACAGGAGGGCUAUUCCAUGGGACACAUAAUGCUAUGGUGGAUUUUUUUAAAGAGCCAUAUUACAAGAGCAAGGAAGUUAAGACAAAUCGAUCUCCACGCCCAAAUUAAGUGCACUUCAGCAAUGGUGCCUCAGGUCGCAAUUUCUAUUUGAAAAAAUAGAAUGGUUACUGUGAAAAGAGAGAUACAAUAUAGUUUUGAUCAAAGAUGAUUUUCUAAAGAAAAAAAAACAAGGAGCAGAUUCUGAAAUAGCACAAAUCAAAACAUAAAAAAGGCACCGGCAUCUGAAUCUGAAAUCUGCAAAACUAUAGACCAACCAACAUCACUCGGCAAAGUGCCUGUCGACUCCAAACACUUGAUAUAUUUAUCUAUCUGUUGAUGUAAAGCCCUGUCUUCGUGUCUAAACUCAAGCUAACGCCGAUCUUUGCCCCCCUCUCCCGGUCACUCUCCCACCUCGUCUUCCUCCCCUCUUCUGUUUUUCGAGAUGUAUUUUAAGAGCGAUCUCUUUAAGUAAUCUCAAGUGUGGUUAUGUGGCUGAAAACCCUGCCCUCAUGUCUCUGACCUGUGUCUUGUCGCUUGGUCGUAACGGCGACCCCCUCUCUCUUUUAGAUUGUCAGCAGCUUGCUCCCCCCGCAUCGCCACUCACCCUUUAACAAGAGUGAAGGAUCGUUGGAAAAAAAAAUGUCCUGAAUAUUUUUUUGUCAGGUAACGUCCUCACGCACGUGUUCCCUACACUCGCCUCAGUGUGUGUGUGUGUGUGUGUGUGUGUGUGUGCGUGUGUGUGUGCGUGUGUGUGCGUGUGUGUGUGUGUGUGUGUACAUCUCGGUUUCGUCAUCGAAGUGAAUGGCCCUCACGUGUUUAUGUUUUUAUGAUAAUUGCAAAUGGAGGGUCAUUCACUUCUCAUUUGUUGUUUUGUGUGUGAGGACAAACAAUGUACUGUCUUACUACUCAAAAUAGCUUUAACCCCUUGUAAGCUUAGGCAGAUAGAGGAAGAAAAAAAAACAAGUGGGGCUUAUGUUAGAUAAAUCCAUGUACUGCUUGUGGUUCAUAAACACAUUAGCUUUAUGACACUAAAAGCAGGGUUGAUGUGAGGAAAUCCUGCAAGAUAAAUCAAGUUAAGCUCUGUUUUCUUUUUGUUUUUGUUUUUUGGCUAUCGGUAGCCCGUGUAUAAAAACUAUAUUCUCAAUAUGAUCGUCUUCAGGUUAUAAUCUUGCAGGAAGCCUCCUACAGUAUUCCUCCCUCUCAGGUAUGAAGAGAGGGAGCUCGUCAAGUUCCUUAUAAUGUGGAACCUCCUCAGCGGUCAACCCUGCUUUAGCGUGCGUCCAUAGGCCACACAGCAUGGAGACAAGGUUUUGUACACGUUAGACAAAAAAGAAAAAGAGAGAGAGAGAGAGCAAAAUCCUCCUCGGAGGUCAAUUGCUCUUCUUGAUUUCUACUCAACUCACUAUAGCAAUGUAUUCUGCUUCUAUCUGUUUGCGCUGAGUAGAGAGGCGAACAAGUUGUGUUUUUAAGAGAGGAGAAAGCCAGACAUACUGGCAAAGACAGCUAGGUGUCCGAUACUGAGUCUGAUACUGUGGAGAAAUGAGUCCAGGGGUUUGCUAAGACAGAAACCCUUGGUGAUGUUUUCUUUCUUCUUUUUUUUUGAUGGGGGGUGAUGGUAAAAGAUGAAUUAUUUUCAUUUUUUUAAUCCGUCAUAUGGUUGUUUGCAUUGGCUGGUUACUUACCAGAAGACAUUGAUUCAAAUUAGUAGACUGUCUCCCUCAUGUAUAGACUUUGUGGAAACACUGAGCAAUAGAUAGCCCCAACACCCCGGGAUGUGGUUGUUAAUAGGAAUCCCCUUCCUCGACGGGGUCUAUUUUACUUCACUCCUUCUAGUUUGAAAUCAAUGUUGUUUCUUUUUUUUUUUCUGGUGUCAUCACAGUGUGUAACCGGGAAGAAAAAACCCCCCCACAACUCCUCCUACCUCUGGCUGCAGGCUCCGCCCACUUCACCUUUAAGUUCUCUUCCAUACACUGCAUCUAAUUCCUGAUUGGUUGUAAAGCCUGCAUGCCAAAAACAUAACCCAUUUCCAUUAACCUUGCAUGGCAUAUGGGAAACACCCGUUCCUUUCGACCCAGCUGCGGGGUUGUGAUGUCAACUCUGAAAGGAAAGGUCACGGUACUUGUGAAUCUUCGGCUUCCCGGGUGCGCCUGCUGGUUCGCUCGUGUAUAAAGUGCUUUAAUGAAUGCGCUUUCACAUCAGCACCUCAGCAAUGUACUGACAUUGCCGGUAUGACAGAACCGCUUGUGACAUUACAUCAGCUUCCUCGGUACUCCUAACACAGCUUGAGACUUUUCUGUUGCUAUUACUAACUAGAGCCGCCGUUUUCCUCUUGCUGUAUGGACUGAGGUUUGACCUGCUACCUACAAUGCUGACAAGUCGCUCUAAAUUGACAAUUAAUGCUAAUUCUGAUUAUUUGUUUUGUUUCUCCAUUUUGCAGUAAAUACAGUAGUUCAGCCUGGAUGAAGGAAAAACCAACACCAGGUCCGUUCUCACUGCUGAUUCAGUUCACCGAAAAAGAGUUAGCGCUGUAGGCCAUUUGGACUUGAGGACAUUAAACAAACAAACCAAAAUUAAAACACUGAUCCGAGUUGUCCCUUCUCUCUUCCUUCUCAUUUUGAACUCUUAAAUAUGAUGUGUAUCGUAGUGAAAUAUGGUCUUUUAUUUUAACGGGCUGCUGCCGGAAGCUGGUCUCUCACAAGUACUAUGACCCAAACCUGACCAACUGUAUCUGCCUGCAGACUGCAAGACAGGGGCGUAAUUUACAAGACACCCCCCCCCACAGUGAAGACCCCCCCCCCCGCUGAGGUUAAGGUUAGGGCAAGUGAUGGGAGUCCUGUUAUGCCCCUACAAAUUCUGCCCAUGUCUUGUAGUCUGCAGACAGAUACUUCGCAACCUGGUCGAAAAAAAUAACCAGUCUGUAGUUGACAGACCCAAUGGAAAGCCAAGAAAAACGGGAUUGUUUCUCAAUGUAAAUUGAUAAGCAGUUGUGUCUGGUUUUAUCCUUUUGUUUUGAUUUGUUUUAUUUUCAUUUUUUAUUCUGUGCACUUUCAUUAUAUAGGAAUAUAACAUGCUAUUAUUAAUUUAGGAAAAAGUGGUAGUCCUCUGGUUUGUGAGUUAUUCAGUAUCUAAGUAGGCUGCAAAACAAUAGGAUCGCGCAUCCUCUCAUUGUCUGUGGAUUUAAAUGACAGAGACUGUUCUCUCUGCCAUAAAUGGACUACAAACCGCAGACCUACUAUUUAACUUUAUCUGUCGCAUAAUCAUGCUAAAGUUUUAUAUGUUCUGUCAUAUAUUACGCUGUUGGUUUUCUUUUGUGUUCGUUCUACUGCCAUGUUCCUAAACAAAAAUCCAGGGUGAGCAAAUUCUGGGGUUUUUUUUUCCAUGUAUUUAUUAUUCCUAGGAAUAGUUCAAAAUAACUCGAUGAAACUUGACAACGCUCUGAUUCAAAUAGGUAAGUCGUGUUUGGGGGAAAAUUGAGUGAAAUGACAUUGCUUCCCUCGCUUCUUACUGAGGGCGUUCCACUGAAAAGGGAUCACUGGCCGUCAGAAUUCUCUACAAGUGCGUCAAUUAAAUUCCAAAUUGGAAUGGUUUCAUUCUCUCUUUGUUUAUUGUGCCAAGUCUUUGGUACACCAUUUAGGUUGCAAAAGAAUCAAGAAUCGGAAAGAAAGACAAGCCGUCAUUGAGAAAGGUGUAGUUCAGGCCACGGCGCUCCACGAGAGCGUCUGGGUUUCGCUUUUGGGUUUGUUUAGUUCUUUGUUUCUGACCAGUAGUGCCUUUCAUUGUUUCAAGGGAGAAUCUUAGACUUGUGUUUUAUGUUUUUUUGGGUUGUUUUUUUUUUCUAGGUCAGGGCUUUGGGUUUCAAAACGACUGUGAAAAGCAAUAAGCGCAAAGGGAAAUAUCCCUUCAUGGCUGAGAUGAUAGUUUUGAAAUUAGCUCAAGAAAGCUGAAAUUGUAUUGAAUUCUGUAGGUCAGUGGUCCACACAUAAAUUCAGGGGUGUUGAGAAAAGUUUUUUUUUUGUUUUUUUUUAAUUUUUUUUAUCAGACUUUGGGAACCAAAAUUAAUCCCUUUGGCCUCCUAUCAUUGAACAAAAUGCUCCAAGCAUCUGUAAAGUGUUGGGGUAGACCAGUGUACUAUUGGAAACAUCUACGUAUCUCUAGCUUUGUUUGGUGAGGGUAAUGUGAUAUCAAUAGUAUUGUUGAAAAUGUGCAGCGAGCGCAUUUAAUCUUUUUUUCUUUUUUGUUUUAAGUUUUUUUUUUUAUUGAAUCUUUUUUUUACAUCAUCCUUAAGCAUUGUGUUUUCAGGAAACAGAAAACAGAAUUUGCAUCAACAAGCUUGAAUAGUGCCAUUAUAGCAAAUACUUGUUUGUUGAGGCGUUAAAAGUAAAAAAAAAAAAUACAGAUGAGAAGCUAGGAAGAAAAAGUGCAAUUCAGAUACUGUUUUACAUUGAAAGGAAAUAAAGUUUUCUGUUUGCUGGAAGCAAUAGCAUUGUGAUAAUAAAUUAGACGUUACAACUUUAUAUUGUCAUAUUGUGUUUCAGUAUUGAUCCAUAAUGAGCGUUUGAUACCUUUAUAUGAAUUAAUGACUUCACCUGUAUGUGUUGGUAUUUAUUUGAAUUGUCAUGCAGUACUGUAUUCUUAUCAAUAAUGUGCAUUAUGAUUAGUGGCAUAUUGAUUACAGCUAAAUGUCAUAUGCAUGUUUCUCAGUCAUGGGACCUUUACACAGAAUUCGAAAACAAACGUAUAACUUUGUCAAGGGUGGAAAAAAAUUGAAAAACAAAAAAACUAAAAAUAUGAUUUUGAUGUAUUACUGCUGAACUAAUCCUAUGAAAGUGUUGUUUGUUUUCCAGUAGAGAGGUGGUAUGUCUGUGUAAAGGUAGUCAUACUGGCUAAAAUCAAUAAAUGUGACUUAAGUCUC